CGUUUGAGAGCGCAGUUAAGAGAUGUAUGCAUGCACAGUGUGUGGUGGAGGCACUGUGGAGAUGUUCACAAACCUCAACUGGAAGAGCGCGGAUUAAAUCCUCGUCUGUUUCGAAUCAAGCAGCUUAAAAAAAAAGCUUCCUCGAAAGGCAUACAGAUGAGUCUGAUCCUGUUUGCCAUGUGAGGAGUGAUAUGUAAGCCCAGGUGUCAUCCCACCUUGCGGGUGGUGGGGAGAAGAAAUGCUGUGCUCCAUUGCCAUGACAACAAGACUUAUCUUUCUAACCUGGCUUGUACAGACAAGUGCAUGGGGCACUCCCAUUGUGCCAGUGCCCGAGACAGGGGAGAGGGAGCGGCUGGAGCGGGCACUAAACCAUUCCAAGCAGGGCGUGAUGAACUCCAGUGGCCAGCAGCGCCUGGAGGAGAUUGAUAACCUAGGACUGGAAGGGGUGAGAGGAGGGAACAGAACAAGCAGCAAAAUGAAACCCACCUGGAGCUCCUUAAAGCGAGGAUCCAGACUUCAGGGAAAGACACAGGAGGUCUGGGCAGAGCAGAACUCUGUAAAGAAAACUGAUGAAGACCCAACAGUAGAGGCCAAUGCCUCAGUGGACACCACUGAUGAGUAUGCUUACCCUGAUUAUAGAGGCAAGGGCUGCAUGGACGAGACAGGGUUUGUGUUUGCCAUUGGUGAGAAGUUCACGCCUGGACCCUCCACGUGUCCUUGCCUGUGCACAGAAGAGGGACCCCUGUGUGACCAGCCAGAGUGUCCAAAAGUCCACCCUCGUUGUCUGCGUGUGGACACCAGCCAGUGCUGUCCUCAGUGUAAAGAACAGAAGAAUUACUGUGAAUUCAGAGGAAAGACCUACACGUCACUGGAGGAGUUCAAGGUGUCUCCAUGUGAGAAAUGCCGAUGUGAACCCAGUGGGGAGGUUUUGUGUUCUGUGUCAGCUUGCCCGCAGACAGAGUGUGUGGAUCCCGUAUAUGAGCCUGACCAGUGCUGCCCAGUGUGCAAGAGCGGACCCAACUGUUACGCAGACACUGCAGUGAUCCCAGCAGGCCGCGAGGUUAAGAUUGACGACUGCACCAUCUGCUACUGCACGUAUGAGGAAGGCACCUGGCGCAUUGAACGGCAGGCCACCUGCAGCAGGAAUGAGUGCCAACGAAGCUAGAGCUACCUAGUGCUCACACCACAUCCAGCCUUCACGGAGACAGCUGUCAGUCAGGAGGAGGCAACCCAGCUGGGCUCUGUAACGGCCCAACAGCAGCACUGUGUCUCACACACUGCUGGGAUUUUGGGGGUAUUACAUCUGUCAUGACUGUUUGUGACAGCUCGUCACGAUCUGACCUCAGCCUGUCAGUAGCAUUAUCAGUUAGCCUCGGAGAAAGGCCAGUGGCCAGGCCACAUUGUUCUACAUUCCUCAUGCCGUUUCAGAGCCUGAAAUAUGACAUAAAGUGUCAUGUAAAGUGCUGUGUUCCUGAUACUGUUAUAUAUUCGCAAGCUGGAGCAAGGGGCAUGGGGGGAUCAAUUCAGUUAUAUUACUACAUAAACUUUGUAAUGAGAUUUGUAACUAGUGUAAUAAAAGAUAUUUAUUUACAUAUGUAUUGAUAAAAUUACAGAGACAGGAGGAUAUUUGAUUUACAGUUAAAUUAUAUUUUUUAUAGUUACUGUAUUUUGAUAUGUUGUCAUAUAUGUAACAGGGUCAGACUUUAGUGCUACUCAUUAGAAUGUAUGCAGAAUAAACAGCUGUCACUGCGGAUGAAGGCAAAACAUUGUCAGACGUCAGGAAGACAGGCUGUAGCCAGCAAUCAAAUGAUAAACACACUUCUCAGCAUGUUCCACAGCACAACGGAUGUGAUAACAGUUUAAGCAAAUUAAAGGGGAAAAAAUAGGAGCUGUUUAUGAUGUUUAUAUCUUAGGUUUUUCUUGUGUUCUGAACUGAAGUGCAUUUUAACAAGAAGGUGUUUCUGUAUUUGUGUUUACAUGUUUCAAAUAAAUCAAGUUACACUGUGCA